UUCAGUAGUAGCCUCGAGGAACACGGUCAGUCGCGAAUUUGGCAUUGCCCACAGGCAUUGCGUUGCUCAUCAAGCCGUGGAAUGUUUGUUGCCAUACUGUUCUGUAAGAGACCUCCACAUGUGGUCAAUGCCGCUUGCUACGAGCUGUGGCAAUGCAUAUUCGCAUCUCAUAUCGACACGCCUAACGCAAGGUGUUGUCCAAAAUAUGUAUGGGUGCGAUCGCUCCAGAUCUAGGGAAACGGGCAGAUGCCAUUAGAAUGUGGCAGCCUGAGGCCAGGGGCAUAUCGUUUAGCGGAUGGCCGCAGGUAUCGCGCCUGUUUGUUGCUGCCUAACUUAGAUUUGAGAUCCUCCAUCAGCAUCUACUUCAGCUGCACCUCUUGCACCUACACACUAAUCGACAGCUCACCCACCAGAGAACACAAGAGCCACUCCGACAUUAUGCCACCCAGCACUAGACGCUUACAGCGGAAGACACAGGUCCCUGAGACACACUCGGACGCGAUUUGCACAAACACCGACAAGCCAUUCCCCUUUCUCGACCUGCCGGAGACAGUGCGUCAACGAUUCUACGAACUCCAGCUUGAGGCACCGCGUAGGUUUGUCCGAACUUUUGGCAAAGUCCUCCCACUCCACAGUAGAGCAACGCCCGCAAAAGUCAAGAUCAACAUUCUGUUCACUUGUCGGCAAAUCUAUCAAGAAGCGAUGCCUGUGCUCUACCGUGUCAACAGAUUCUGUGUUGCUCCACUCAGCACAAGUCCAGAUGAUGCCCUUACAGAAUCUGGAGAUGUAAAAUCUCAUCUCGAAUAUCCUCAGAACGACAGAUGGAUCCACAACAUGCCUUUGAGAGGUCGCAAUCUGAUCAGGACGCUUGAGCUAUGGCUACCUUUGCCGCCCACAAAUGGAAAGCAUCCUAAUUGGCAAGAUAUGCGAGACUUGUUUCCGGGGCUGAGGAGCUUGACAUUGUUCAUCGACAUUUAUAAUCAGCUCGAUCGCCCGUCCUGGCAUGGUAUUGCGCUACCAUUCGAACACUGUGAGCUGUAUUUCCAGAGGAUGCUUGAGAAGACGCCGCAAGCGAGGCAAACCUUUGUAGAUCUUCAAUCUUUGGAAACCAACCCCCACGAGCUAGGUCUGAACUACAUGACCGACCUCAUUCUGAAGUUGUGGAACGCUUCGCCUGGCAAAUCUGCUCAUGUCAGUCAAGAGAUCCAUCAUGCAGCAAAGUAUGAGGAACAGAUGAAGCUUGUGGACAAGGGACUGCUUGAUGUGUUUGGACCAAGAGCUCUCGUGUUCCAAGGCAAGAGCUAUUGGCACAUCCGCCGAAAUUUUGUUAUGAACCACGACACUUCUUUGACUGACGAUGACACUGAUGAUGAGAUUGAAUGCUUCGAGAACUUUGAUGCUGAGAAGAUUGUCGCACGUCGAAGAAGAAAGGUUGAAAGUAUAGAGCAAGGAAGCUUUGAUUUUGAGGAAGAUGAAGGCACGUGGUGGUAGAUCAAGAUGAGACGACCUGUGUCAAGUAACAGAUCUCUAGAUUUUAUGAGUCAGUCACUUUCCCCAAAAUCGAAUGAACUGCAAGUCUGCUUCUAACAGUACUCCAGCUGUAUCACAGUCAACGCCUUCUGAUCCGAUCUCUCCCAGCAGUCGUGGCAUCUUGCUCGACUUUACGUACUAUGACGCGAGAGAGAAAGCCGUAGAAGAACCACCACGUGGCUCGGACGAAGCGCCGAAGAAACGAGUGUGACGCUUUCCUAUGUUGCUGUGUUUCCAACGGCUAUACCGUUACCCCUGAGACUCGCGGAAACAUA